UCAUUAGUAUGAAGCGAGCAGAAUUAGCCACUCGGCCUGAGCUCAAAUGGUUGGUUAAAUCAUCUGGAAUGGAUGAAGCAAGCUUCAUUUUUGUUGAUGAGGUUGAGCUUCCCUAUUAUGAUCAAUUUGGAAAUUUGAAGAUAGUACUCGUGAAUGGAAACAAGCUCCCUGCAAAGCAAGAGGGAUUAAAGGAUGCCGUGACUGAAAUAUUCCAUUGCAAAGAAGUGGAUUUACAAUAUCCUAUGGUCGAAGAAAUAACCAUGGCACGGGACUGCUCAUGUUGCACACUCAUAGCUGAAAUGUUUGCAGUGUCAUCACCAGAAAUCCUCGCAGGCCAAGGAUUUUGUAGACUUCUGUUAGCAGGUAUCCUGUUAGACACAGCAAGUCUGACUAAUUCUAGUUGCACUUCAAAAGACAAAUACAUGACAACACUAUUGCUUAAAGGAGCCGGUCGAUUUGGAUCCAAUGGCCUUUAUGAACUAUUAAAGCGCAAGAUGCAUGAUAUUUCUGAUCUAAAGGUGAGGGAUAUACUUCGUCGAGAAUUUAAGAAGUGGACUAGAGUUGCAGGUAAGCCUAAUAGCACUGGCUCUAGAUUAAGCAUUUCAAACAUAGGCAUGAGUGUCAUAGGGAUUUCACUUGAGGAACUGCUUGCUCAUGAGGAUUCAGCUGUACAGAAAAUAACUCAAUUUCAAGAAUCAGAGAAAUUGCGGUUACUCAUGAUUGUCUCAGGAUAUUAUGAUGAUUCAGAGAAUUUCAAGAUAUCCAUUUUACAUCAGAGGGAGAUCUUAGUCUGUGCCAAAACUGCAGAGCUUAUGAGAAACUUCCAUCAAUUUUUUGAUAUAAACGGAACGAAUCUUCCACUCAAAGACCUGGACAAACUAGGUAAAAGAGAGGAGCUGAAAGCAUUUGAGGUUAAUGACAAAUCGACAUCAAGGAGAUCCAUUGAGCGGCUCUUUGAAGAGUUUGGCGGCGUCGUUACGAAGCAAAACUGA